AUUCACGUUGGGGCAUAGUUUGGUGGCAGAGUGCUUCAAUCGGUUUGUGUUUCUUUUUUCGAAAUUUCCCGUAUCUCUUUCUAAUUGUUUUGUCACAAGAACAACAAUUAAGAAAGAAAAAAGAACAGAAUCUUCGCGACAGCGUAUAUAAUUGUAUAUAGAAGUUUAACGAUUGACGUUUAUCAAUAGCUUAAUCUGUCCAUUAGAAAAUCAGCGUGGGACACGCAAAUAAAGACAAGUAAAAUACACGGUCGCAUGAACGUAGAUACGGAGAUACCCACGCUAUUCGAACGCAUUACGAUCAAUUAAAAUUAUUGAUAGGAAAAAUAUUUAAAUGUGAUUAUAUCGUGAGGAGAAUGGCUGGAAUAUUUGAUAUAGAGUUACACGACGGAGACUCCAUAAAUGAAGACGAAUCGGACGAUGAUAUUAUCGAAAAUAGAGAAGAUGAAUACAAUCAUACCACAAAUCUAAAUACGGCAUUAGAAUCUGAUAAUUUGGAAAGAGUACAAUUGUCAGAACAGAAUGUGAACGAAGGCAGAGAGAAAACUGGUCCGCAAGAUUUUGAACUCUGUAAAAUUCUUGGAGAAGGUGGAUAUGGAAAAGUCUUUCAAGUAAAGAAAGUAACUGGGAAGGAUAAAGGCAGUAUUUUUGCUAUGAAGGUACUAAGAAAAGCAUCUAUCAUACGAAAUCAAAAGGACACUGCUCAUACAAAAGCAGAAAGAAAUAUUUUGGAAGCAGUGAAACAUCCAUUUAUUGUAAAUUUAAUGUACGCAUUUCAAACUGGUGGUAAAUUAUAUUUAAUUCUGGAAUAUCUUUGCGGAGGAGAACUUUUUACGUACCUAGACAGAGAAGGCAUUUUCCUAGAAGAUACUGCUUGUUUUUAUUUGUCUGAGAUUAUACUCGCGUUGCAACAUCUACAUAAUCAGGGUAUUAUAUACAGAGAUUUAAAGCCAGAAAAUAUUUUGUUAGACGGCGAAGGCCAUGUUAAAUUAACAGAUUUUGGUCUUUGUAAAGAACACAUAGAAGAAGGUGCAGUAACACAUACAUUUUGUGGAACUAUAGAAUAUAUGGCACCAGAAAUUUUAACAAGAAGUGGACAUGGAAAGGCAGUUGAUUGGUGGAGUUUAGGUGCUUUAAUGUUUGAUAUGCUCACUGGAAUGCCACCAUUUACUGGAGAUGACAGAAGAAAAACAAUUGACAAAAUUUUACGCGGAAAGCUAUGUUUACCUCUGUACCUAACAUCCGAUGCGAAAGAUUUAAUACGAAAGUUAUUAAAGAGACAAGUGAUGCAAAGACUAGGAUCAGGGCCCGAAGAUGCUGAACAAAUUAUGAAUCAUAAUUUCUUCAAACAUAUUAAUUGGCAGGAUGUAAUUUCACGAAAGUUGGAACCUCCUUUUAAACCGUCGUUAAAAAGCGCCGAUGAUACAUCGCAGUUCGAUGAACAAUUCACGGCAACUGUGCCAGUCGAUUCACCAGUAGAAAGUACUUUAAGCGAAUCCGCUAAUAUGAUUUUUCAAGGCUUUACGUACGUAGCACCCAGUGUCUUAGAGGAAAUGUGUGCACAACCAAGAGUUGUAAAUGCUAGAAGCCCGCAUAAAGGUCUGUUAAAUACAGGAUUUAGUGGAAGUCUUCGCAGUUUGUCAUCAAGAUCACCGGAUGCCCAUCUUCGUACAGCAUCUCAUUUUCAUCAACAUAGGCAUCACGUUGUAGGUUCAAAUAAUAUGGAAGAUACCGAAAUGGCGGAUAUAGAUCCGCUUUUUAAUUUUUAAGCAUUGCAUAAUAAAAUUCAAACGAUAUGGAAGAUAUUAAAUUAAUAACGGAUCAUUUAUAAUGAGAUACAUAUGAACAAUCGGAGUAAACGUUGAAUCUUCCAUUUUAGGUUUAAUAAAUCAUUUAUAAAAUUAUGUCCCAGGUUAUUUGUUCUUUGUUCUAACAGUUCAAUUAUUACGUUUAAUUAUCAAAUUUAUUGCGAUUUGUUUACGUAUAAAUAUAUUUAAAUAUAAACAAUUUUAAACGUCAAAAGAGGUUACGCUUACGGGGCAUAGGUGCUACUCGCAUAAAAAUCGUAUGUAGGCCAUGCAAUUGCUCUAAUGCGACUGAUAAUUGUUCACAGUGUAAAGAAGUAAUAUUGUAACAUGUACUUUUGUUAUGUAAAUAUGUCCAGUUUUCCGAUAAUAAGUACAUUUUGUUCAAAUAAGCUGCUGCAUCAUUGAAAAAUCCGAAAGACAUUUUUGAUGACAUAUCGUACUGUUGCAACGAUUAAUUCAAGUUUUU